CAGUUCACUGAAAAUAUUUACAUGUAGACUUUUAACGUAGGCAAACAAACAUACAGACGAUGUAAUUUUCAAAAUUUUGGGUCCCACCUCGUUAGUAACCAUGGAAUUUAAAUAAUAUGUCAUUUCCUCCUGUAGAUUCAAAAUUGCGCCAGUCAAAAAAAUCUUGUGGUAUUUAUAAUAUAAUUUCUUCAAAAUUUAACAUAGUUUUUCCUCCAAUAUUUCAUUAAAUGCGUCAAAAUUACCAUGUCACGUAUAAUCCGCCGACCGGAAAUCAUCAUGCAAAGCAUGAAGAAGAUGAUUCAUGGGACAUGUAGCAAUGUCAACCCAAAUGCAAUCAAUUUAACUAUUCUUGGUAAUAUGGUACCAGCAGCUCGUAUGGUAGCCAUGCUCUUGAAGCAGUGUCAUGGCAUUGAUGAAAUCCGUCUUUAUGGCACUGAACAUAACGUUUGCAAUACUGCACUGGAUCUUGCACAAGUUGAUACAAACACGUUGAUUAAAGCCUACAAGGGAGACAAUCGACUAUUAAGGGACGCCAUUGUAGAUUCAAAGAUAAUUUUACUUUGUGGAGGGUACCCAAUAACUACAGCGACCAAACAGGCGGAUUUAUUUGAUGAAAAUGUCGCGGCUGUAAGAAACAUUGUGUUGCAUUGCGUGGAGCACAAUCCGAAAGCGAUUUUAUUGGUUGCCACCCCUCCAAUUAAUUCUUUCAUUCCAAUGAUCAGUGAGGAAUACAAACGAGAAGGCGUGUAUGAUCCCAAGAAAAUCAUCGGUAUUUCAACUUUGAGUACAAUUAUAGCGAACUCUUUGAUUGGUAAAUACUUGAAAUACGAUCCUAUUCACGUGCAUUGUCCUGUCAUUGGCGGUGAUUCCCUAUUAACAAGAGUACCAAUAUUAUCUCAAUGUACCCCUUCCCUGGAUACAUUCCCUGAGGAUGACCGUAUAGCAUUGUACAACACAAUUGUAAACUCGACGAAAACCUGCCUGGAUGCCAAACGUCAAGAGAACCUCGGUCCUUUAUAUCUUUCCCAAGCAUUUGCCAUCUCCAGAUUUGUUACCAACCUGGUGAACGCCCUGCUAGGCGCCGAGGGAGUGUAUGAAUGCGCGUUCGUAAGACAAACUGGGCACAUCAGCUCCUUCCUGCCUUAUAUGCAAAGCAUUGUCAAAUUGGGUCCAGAAGGUGUUGCAGGCAGCUAUAUGCCUAAAGUUACCCAAUGGGAGUGCGACCGAUUACUGAAAGCCUACGUACACUUAAAAACGAUAUUUACAUGGGUUCCAGUAUGAUCAACGGGGAAUUGAUCCGUACCAAACGGAUGAAGGAGUGUGCAUCGUGUGAUGUGCAUCCUAUGACCCAAAUACUACGCAAUGAACAUGUGGGAGAUGUUAUGAUUGAUCUUGGUAAAAAGUAUAAGAACUUAGAAGUGAUCCAGUGAGAAGAGAUUCUUUACAUAAACAAAUAUUGUGUAAAAAAUUUCUAAUAACUUUAUUUAAGAAAAUAA